AUUAUAAUCCUUUUUUGAUAAAAAAAAAAAGUGACGUAAACAAAUUAAAAAUUAUGGUACGACCGUCGAAUCCGUUGUUAAUGAGCGUUGUCCUUGAUGCGGUUGAAAAUCUUUCAGACAAGAAAGGUUCUACCGUACGGGACAUCAUUGAUUUUGUUCGACAAAAUUCUAAUGGAUCUUUUAGGAAUCUUACGAUGCAGAUUCGUCGUGCACUAAAACAUGCAGUCAAUGCUAGUUUGUUACGACACAGAGGAGGAAGAUAUAAAAUUUUACUCAGCAUAAAUCCGAUAUCCGUUCAACAAUCCAUGACAGAAGAUACAAAAUUUACCGAUGGUUUAAACGAUAAAUUGUCAAACGAAUCACCGGGAAGAUCUAUAAGAUCUAUUAAAAAUUCCAAUAGCAAAAAACAAACUGGCAAACAAACACAUCGUAAUAAAAGGAUUGAAAGUAGAAACAGAGAAUCCACUAAUCGCCGGAAAUGUCGAGAACCAAAGGAAAAAGUUAGAUCAAAGUUAAAACAAAGGCGAAAAACAGGUAGAAGGGACGAGGAAAAUGACAAUUGGACGUUACCGGUUAGACGUAAACAAUUUAACGAUAAUAAAAUGUCCGAAAUAAUGGACAACGAUUUAUCACGAUCUAACAACGAUCAUUCUUACGAGAAGAUUUCUAAUUACGAUUCGGAUAUUUCUGACGAUAAUUCAUACGAUAAAUCGGCUAAUUCAAAUAACACAUUAUAUUCCCGAGACGAGGAAUGCUCGUCAUUUCCAGAAAGAAAAAGAUCAUCGAUUAAACAAGAACACAAGGGACAAAGUUCAAAGGUUAGACCAAGAAAACGAUCAUCCUCGCGAAAUCGUGUCCUACAGCGUUCGAAUUACAAUCAAAAUCAAAAUGACCAACAACAGUUAGAAAUAGAGGAAAUACCGAACGAUCAUUUGGAAGACGCGAGAAUGGAUUGCGAGCAGGUGUCUGGAAAUGGUGUCGAACACAUUGACAUAGAAUUAUCAAAUCCUAAUGUCGACAGAGAUUGUAAACCUAAUAACAGUGGAAGUGGGAGUACUUUUUAAAUCAACAUUAUUAUUUUAUUCAUUUAUACAUAUAUAUAUAUUUUUUUUGUCUUUUUAUGUGAACAAAAUAUUCACUAGUAUUAUAUCCAUGUCACUUUUGUUUAUUUUUUUUUGUCGUAUACGAAUUGCGUCAAUAUUAUCGUACAUUUUACAAUCAUUAUCGUAUAUUCGUUAUAUUAAUUUGAAUUAUCUUGUCAGAAUGAAGUUUCGAUGAUAAAAC